AUGUCUACAGGCCUGAAGCAAGCGGUUAAUCGAGUGACGGCAUAUGUUUUUCCUGUUACAAAUUCUGAACUUGAAACCUUGAGACUCAAACAAAAAUUUGGAUUUGCUUACACAAGUAAUCUCCCGCCCCAAAUGAUGCUUUAUUUUAAUGCUUUCUACGCGCCAUUCUGGUUUAUUGGGACAAUGAUCUGUUUUAUCAUCGAAUUCGAAUUUUUGAGCCAGAUUCGCAAAGUUGUUGGAAUCGCAGUGUUUCUGACCUAUAUAUUUACCGAAAUAACAAGGCUGUAUCUGGGGUUUAUUGGUAAUUUAGCGGAAAAGGUACCCGAACUUGCGGGUUUUUGGUUACUAUCGCUGCUGAUCCAAUUACCUGGAAUUUUCUAUCUUCUACUAGACACAGGAUUGAUAUUAUCUUCAUUCGAACGAACUAUUCACGCUGUGGAAGCUACAUUUGUGAUCUUAGAAACAACGACCGGUUUCUUUGUUGUAAAGCUAAUGGUGCAGAAUCAGGCAGUCAAAUUCUACACACUGACUCAAGGCGCCGUUCCCGAAGACUUAACCAAUACGUCCAAAGCGCAUUGUGCAUGA